UGGGUGGGAAACGACAUCGAAAUGCAGAUCAUUUUCCACUCUCACCUCCAGUUUUCAAGCCCAAUUUUCCACUCCCAAUCCCACCGAGAAGGAGCAAUUGCGGGAAUGGUUGUUUUACAUCUGUCACAGUUGUAGAUAGAUUAAUGUUUUUGAUCAUUUUCCCACUCUUUUUGGGCCUUACCUGACCGACAAUUUUCACUUUCAUCCUUUUUUUGGUCAGCAAUUUUCCCCUCUGACACCCAAGCAAAAAUAUGAUUUUGGUACACUGUGCUUAUAUGUAUCCCCACGGUGAAAGGCUGGUUCGGAUGCCACUCAUUAUACAUUUUUUUAAGGCUUUGUGCAGUAACACUAAAAUUGGCCUUUGUUUUUAUUGUUAAUGUUUUGCGUCUUCCAGAAAACCUCGGCAUUCCUGUACCGGACUCUGCUGGCGCUCACCUACAACUGGACCUGGACAAAACGGUGGCGGGAGCAUCAGCUGCAGACGCACCUGUACCGGACUCUGCUGGCGCUCACCUACAACUGGACCUGGACAAAACGGUGGCGGGAGCAUCAGCUGCAGACGCACCUGUACCGGACUCUGCUGGCGCUCACCUACAACUGGACCUGGACAAAACGGUGGCGGGAGCAUCAGCUGCAGACGAACCUGUACCGGACUCUGCUGGCGCUCACCUACAACUGGACCUGGACAAAACGGUGGCGGGAGCAUCAGCUGCAGACGCACCUGUACCGGACUCUGCUGGCGCUCACCUACAACUGGACCUGGACAAAACGGUGGCGGGAGCAUCAGCUGCAGACGCACCUGUACCGGACUCUGCUGGCGCUCACCUACAACUGGACCUGGACAAAACGGUGGCGGGAGCAUCAGCUGCAGACGCACCCGCUGCAGACAGACCAGCACACUCGCCCGCUGCAAAUGAACCUGCAGAGGACGCACCUUUGAUUGAAAUGCGAACGCCUCCGCUACAGCGGCACAGAAAUCGGAUGGUGGCCACGCGUGAAAACAUGUCGUCAUUUAACAAGGUUGCGCAAGUUCUCCCCACGAUACGUGUACAAAAUGAUUCCAAUGAUGACAGACUGGAUGACGUGGUGUCAGACACAGACUCUGAUCCUGACUGGAUGCCUCCCAGCAACGAGUCUGCUGACAUGCUUGACCGGACGUGGUCCCUCGACGAAGUGUGUGAAAUAUUUCCUGAAGUGAGAGGUGAGAUUCUUCCCAAUUCACCCGAUCACGCAGAUUCGAACCCAUCACUGCAGUCACACGCCACCUACUCACCUGUCGCGGGAGCAUCUGCGGACGCCCUCUUGCCACCCGCACCCGCAGCUGCAGACGCUUCUGCCGCACCUGCCGCACCCGCACCCGCUGCAGAUACUUUGACGACCCAACCUGCAGUGAAUGUACCGACAGCGAGUACAUCUCGCGAGGAUGAACCUCACCUGGAAGGAUCCCCCAGUCAUGGUGUCUUUUAUAGAGUGUCGCCUACUGCUAAAACGUACGAUACAAUAAACUCAUGCCUGUUUUGUAAAAAGAAAAUCAAACAGAAAAUGCGCCGCCAUUUGAAAACAAAACAUUCAGACAAACAGCAAGUGGCGCAUGCCAUGACGGGGACAGCUGAUCAACAGGACAGAAAGUUUUCCCUUCUUAUCAGCCGGGGUAACUUUGAGCACAACUUGGAAGUACUGGAAGCUGGAAAGGGGAACUUAUGUUGAAGAGGAGACCCAAGAAGCCCGACAUACCAGUCACCAAGUUCCUGCCAUGUCCUGGAUGCCUGGCGUUUAUGUUGCGUGAGGACCUGCAGCAGCAUCAUCCAGUUUGUCCUGCAGACAACAUGGACAGUCUGGACAACGCAAUGAUCACCACCAAGGCGGAAACCUGCUGCGCAGGUUUGAUCCAGGAGACGUACCUGAGUUCGUAAGGGAGAUACGAGACAAAGCUAUAAGGGACGUAGUUUGUGGCGACAGAACGUUGGUGGCAUAUGCCAACUACACCGUAGAAAGCAAAGGAAAAAACGAAAACCACUUGAAGCCAAUAAAAACCAGAGUGACCAAACUAGCCAAAGUUCUCCUAGAUGUACGGGACAGGAAGAGUCAGCCAAACCUCACUAUGGAUGAGCUUUGUGACGCUCGAUACUUUGACGACAUUGUGCAUGUGACAAAGCAAGCAGCGGGAUACAGGGAAGGCACUAAGCUGACCCCACCAACGUUCCUAGUGCCUACUGUGCCAAGAACAGUGGGAACUGCGUUGGGGAAGGUUUGCCAUGUACUACUGGGCGUCAGUAUGCGAGAAGGAAACACGGAGAUGCAGAACCGAAUCUCCAUCUUCAAGAGACUGCUAGAAAACGAAUGGGGCGAUAAAAUGGGGCGCGCCUCACUCGAAACAUUGAAUUUGAGAAAACAGAACGCAGAGAAACAGCUGCCAACCACCGAAGAUAUGAAACGGCUACAGAACCACCUUCAGACCAAACUGGCAUCCACGAUGGAGUCUGUGAGUAGAAAGCCUAGCGUCAAGUCAUACAACACCUUGGCGUGCGUAACAGCCGUCAGCCUCAUGGUGUUCAACAAACGUAGAGGUGGAGAGUCCAUGAAGAUUCGUGUCCGUGAUUACACUUCAAGAGCGGCGUACACCCAAAACGAGACAGUCGUCAAUUCGCUAUCAGACUUGGAGAAACAGAUCAUGGACAAGAUGUGCCUGAUCAAAACGCGUGGCAAACGUGGAAGGACUGUGCCGGUUCUCAUACCACAGAUGGAGAAACGGGCGAUCGAUCUUCUGGUUUCUCUCCGUGAGUCGGUGGGUCUGCGUGAUAGUGUACCAGAAGAGGCGCUCCUCUUCUCAAAGGCUCCGGAAGGAAGACUCGUAAACGGGUGGUAUCAGCUGAAGAAAGAAUGCAGAGAUGCUGGUUGCCGAGACAUAAACGCCAUCACUUCAACAAAUAUGCGCAAAUAUCUAGCCACGAUCGCCCAGAUCAUGAACCUAUCAGAAAAUGAAAUGGAUCAGAUUGCCUCACACCUCGGACACGAUAUAACCGUUCACAGAAAAUACUAUCGCCUACCGGACAGCACAGUAGAACUCGCGAAAAUAGCGAAACUUCUACUGUCUACCGAAGAAACGCUUGGAGCCAAUCUCGACGAUGAUGCUGAAGGAGCGUCAAAUGCAGUCGGCGCUACGGCUGGCCGUGUCAGCGACCCACCUGCUCGGCCACGGCCAACAGGCAGCCGGCUCCGACGUCAAGUAGGCGCUACGGUUCCUGACGCCAGCAGGAGCACUUGACCAGCAGCUCACCGCCACCGCACAGGACCUGGCACAGCUCGGCACAGGCAUGCACAUUGACCCAGCAGUGGUGCAAGAAUGCGAAUGGCAAGCUCUGCACUGAUUCCUCCGUUUUUAGCAUUAGUGUUUCGCGUAACUUUCCGUUAAACGGACGGGGCCGCCGCCGGCCCCGGCCGCCGCCGUGCGAGUCGGCCGCCGCGCCGCUACGGACGACUGGCACACGCCACAAGUGUGAUGGAUUUUCGGCCAACGCGGCGACACCGGCGUAGCGUUCAAUUGGCCGCGCUGCCCUGACGCUCCGGUGACGGACAGGUGGACCGAGGGCGCCGCCCGCCCAUCCCUCCGGACCAGGCCAGGCCGGCCGAUCUGAGGGAGGUAGGGAGGAGCCGCGUGGCUGGCCGAAUGGACGGCCGCGCCGGGCCAUUGUCACUGAUUGUUGGCCAUUGUCACUGAUUGUUCAUUGCCGCACCGAGGUCCGGCGAUUUCACCGGAAUGCCGCCACUGGUUUGAGUUUCCGCGAAACCGGCUUGCCCAGAGAUGUUUGUCACUGGCAUUGCUAUGUGCUAUUUGUGAUGUUCAUAUAUACCAUUCCCGUUACGGAGUACAUAUCUUGUUUUGAACGUUAAGUUCCGAUAUACGAACUGGCCGUCUGAAAAAGAGCCGCACGUGCACGAUGCUUGUAGAUAUUCCUGACGACCACGAACCGACCACGAAUCAGAACUGCGCCUCUCGUAAUGGGAGUGCGAGUAGUUGUUGCGAGUUAGAGCUCCUUGGCGAGUGGCUGACUCUGAACUGACUGACUAAACACCGGUUAGCUGUUUCACCAGCAGUCCCAGUGGAGGGAAGUAGGCCCAGGCGAGCAGGGUGUCGCAGCGUAAGUCCGACGAUGGCGGCGCAGUAGUCGAAUGGCGUCCACAUUUAGCCGACGAAGGCUGCGCUGAGCGCCAUACCCGCCUCACCUUAUCUCCGAGUCACGUGUUCAUGACUGACACGGGCAACCAUACGGCCCGUCGUUGCCCACGCGCACCCCAGACGGGGCCGCCAGUCGCGGCCCCGGACACGUCAGUCCCCAGAUCUGCAGUGAUGUCGCCCGGCUCUGACGAUGGCGCACAGCCGCCGUGUCCGCGGUCUCCGUCGCCGCCGCGGUAUGCGGCGCUGGGCGGCGACUCGUACAUGUCGCGGUCUCGCCAUUGGGGGCCGAACGAUUCGCGGCUCCCGCCGACCCCGCCGGCGACGAGUUUCCUCCGGCGAGUCCUGCGCCGUCUGGCGUGGUCGACGCUGCCCGGGAGGUUCCUGGCUGGCAAGCUGCUGCUGUGUCUACCGACGCACAGAGGUCAGUAGCUCCGGUGCCGGCCCUGCAGUGCUCUGAGAGAGCGUCGAGACCGCCUAACCGAUUCUGUCCCUAAUUAAGGUCUUUGUAAAUAUGUGUUCAUCGUGCAUCGUUUGUGAUGUGAGCCGCGUGAUCAGCUGCUAACUGAUAAUUUUUACUGCGAUUUUGCUGUGGUCGUUGCUGGCGAAUUGUUUAGUAAUGUCGUGGCAAGCUGGUUGGGGACGCCCGUCUGGCUGUUCUGUUGACGGAACGCGCCGAUCGACAUGGCAUGCAGCCAUCCAGCGCCUCAAAUCGGCGAAUCUGUCCAGCGUGGUCUCAAUGGAGUGCUGAGCGGUGCUAAAGGACAUGGUUAUUUUCAUGCGUUCUGUUCACAGUUUUGUCGUGGCUGUGCUGUCCGCGGCCGUGCUCCACGGUUGCGACGUCUGCGGCCAAGCUGCCCGCUGCUGAGCUCCGCGGCCGAGCUGCCAGCGGCCGCGCUCUGCGGCCGUGCUCUGCGGUCGUGCUCUGCGGCCGUGCUUCCCGUGGCUGGGCCCUCCGUGGUCCCGUGAUCGUGGCCGCGGCGAGGGUGCCGCGACCUGCGCGAUGCCGUGCGCUGCAGUGAUGGCGCCGCGCACUGUGCAGUGAUUUUGCCGAGCGCUGCGUACGCGGUGGGUGCCGCGCGCCGCGCUGUUGAGCGUGCCGUAUUCGGACGGUGGCUGCCGCGCGCAGCGUGGUGAUUGCUGCGCUCUGCCAUGAGUGCCGCUCACUGCCGUGGCCUGAGUGCCGCGCUCGGACGGAGUGCCACGCGCCGUUGUGUUGCGUCGCCUUCUGCCUUUUGAUAUGUGCUAUCUCCGAAUUUAAUGUUGCUUGUUGCCGAUGUUCGCUUCUUUUCGUUAAGAGGGUCGGGUAUAGUCGGUCGAUUUAUUCGCACCGUUUGAUUUCGUACCGGCUUCUCUUCUGUUUCUUAUUGUUUUCUGCGAUGUCACUUGUCCGAUUUUAUAUCUGAUUAAUUCACGUCACUUAAGUAUUUAUUUUAUAUUGUCAUAAUAACUUACGGCGCUGUUCCUUUAUUUUCUGUUUAGUUGCAGCCCUAGUACCUUAAUUUCCGAUGUCUCUUCGGUUUGUUGUCGCUCGCAUGUUCAGAGAGUCCUGGUUGGCCGGCGCGAGCGGCGAUUGUGGAAUACAAGCUCGUCUGUGAAGGUUGUGUGUCGGAGCCGGGUUGGCGAGGCGGGACCCGUCUACAUUUCAAACACCAUUGCAUUUCUCUCAUCAAGACGCGUCGAAUGAUGAAUAAUGUGACCUCAAACAUAGGCGCGGGAACCGGGGAGGGGGCAGUAGGGGCAGCUUGCCCCCCCCCCAACUCUGGGGCCGUGGGGCCGUGUAUCUUAUGGUCAGGGCGCGUGCUUGAAUUUAUUUUCGGGGGUUGGGUCACUUAACUUGACCUGGUGACCUGACCUUUGAUGACCUGGAGCUAAAAUUUUCAAAGCCUGUACGGAAAAGACGUAUAAUAAGCUGUACCAAACCGUUUUUGAGAUGUCAGCGAAAACCUGGGGGGGGGGGGGGCGUGAAAACGCCGAGCGGGUUAAUGAACCAGUAAGACGCCUUUCGGGGCGAUACGCGAGCGAGCAAAAGGAUGAGCCCUGCAAGUGCGAAACUGAGUGGGGGUAUUUCCAACUGACUUUUGCACGGCACCCUGCCAACCGGUCGCUAUCGGUGUAUCAAAUCUGAGCACAAUCGGUCCAGCCGUUCCUGAGAUCUGGAAGCGGCACCCUCCACGUGCGCACGUGUAGUACACUUCAACGUUGGUCGUUGACGCAUUGAAAUACAUUGCCAAGUUGCUCAUAGGUACUCAGAAUUUUCCGCCAUUCUACGAAAGCUUGCUUCGCUCGCUCCGCUGGCUCGCUUGUAAUAAAGCACGUAAAAAAUAUGUCAACUUAAAGUGCAAUUUAAAAACAAAAAUGUACGUCCACCUAUGCACUACAUUUCAAAG